AAGCGCAGGACCGUCGCUCUGAGCUUGAGUUCAACUUCUUCCCUCGCCGGCGAUUGGUGUUGAAUUAUUUUCCAUUUUUCAACUGAGCUUACAGAGAGCAAAUACAGCCAGUUUCUGUCGUUUUUUGGUGGAUCUUCUAUUGGUGGCACUGAGGAUAAUAGGACUGCUGGAAGAUGGCCAAUAAUCCUCAGUAUCCUGGCAUUCAGCCAUUCCAGCACCCGAAUGCUAGCUCCUUAGAUUUACCCCGAGGCUUUGCUCCAUCCAUGAAUUUUCAGUUUCGUCCUACAAUUCAAGCUCCGCAGUCUGAGCAAGUUGCUCGCUUGUCAACUCAGAAUUUUCAGUGUGUUGGCAGAGGUGGACCAGGUGGUACAACGAUGAACAAUGGAUUUCCACCUCAACCUUAUGCACCUCAGUUAUUGCAAUCAAUGCACCAUUCGCUUGAAAGGCCUAGCCAAUCAAAUCAGGUGCAACAUGCGCCACUAGGACCCCCGACUCGAAUUUCACAACCAAAUGUGCCAAUUGCUUCUGGUACCUCCUUGCCUCAGCCUUACGCACAAACUCCAGAUAUUAGUAUGAGUGGCUUUGGUGGCCCUAGGGCACUCUUUUCUUAUCCGAGUGGCACAUCCUAUGAAACCUUGAGGGCACCAACUCAAGUCAUUGGACCAAACAGUCAUGGUCAGGCACAACCAAGAGCAUCUAUCAGCCAGACUGCUGCGCUAUCUUCUAUCAUGAUUCCCACAUUUGAACAACCGAAGGCAGCUUUAUUUCAACCUAUACCUUCUCAAGUGACUGUGAUAGAUUGGGUUGAGCAUACCUCGGCGGAUGGAAGGAGAUAUUUUUUCAAUAAGAGGACAAAGCAGUCCACUUGGGCGAAGCCUGUUGAGUUGAUGACUCUUUUUGAGAGAGCAGAUGCAAGAACUGACUGGAAAGAACAUUCAAGUCCUGAUGGAAGAAAGUAUUACUACAAUAAGGUUACUAAGCAAUCAACAUGGACAAUGCCCGAGGAGAUGAAGAUUGCUCGUGAACAAGCAGAAAAAGCAUCUGUUCAAGGGCUUCAUGCAGAAGGCAUUAUUGGUGCUUCUCAGGUGCCAUCUCGUUCUGAUACAGCAUCGCCUGCAGCUCCGACUGGUUUACCAAGCCAAACUUCAUCUACACUUUCAACCUCUGAUAUCAGUGAGAAACUAGCUCCUACUUCUGAUUGGAAGCAGGCAGCUUCAGUUUCUGAAAGUUCUCCUCCGGUCGAAAAUGUUGAUCGAGUUCAGACAAUUGCAGAUAAAACGUCACAAGUGUGUGAUACUGCAAAAACUGCUGAUCAUUCUGCUACUCUGACGAUAACUUCUGCUGCUACAUUGGUGGAAGAGGAUACAGUAUCAGUUGAAAACAGUGGAGGUUCAGAUGACAUGUCAGCUAAAAACACAAAUCAAGGUAGUGGGACUGGACCAGAAGAAAGCCAGAAACAUGUGGUGGAAAGUGAAAGAGUUGACAGUCAAUUGGAAGAAAAACAAAUUCAUCAAGAGAAUUUUUCUUAUAACAACAAAUCGGAAGCUGUGGAUGUCUUCAAAUACCUUUUGAAAUCCGUCAAUGUUGGAUCUGACUGGACAUGGGAACAGGCCAUGAGAGAAAUAAUUAAUGACAGAAGAUACGGGGUUCUGAGGACUCUUGGAGAGCGUAAGCAAGCCUUCAAUGAGUUCUUAGUUCAAAUGAAAAGAGCAGCAGAGGAGGAAAAGGUAGCCAGACAGAAAAAACGGUAUGAAGAUUUCAGAAGGAUGUUAGAGGAAUGCCUGGAGCUGACUCCUUCUACGCGGUGGAGGUUUGUUCUCCAGCAUAAUUCUGUUUCCUAUUCUUUUUUUGUUUUCCCCUCUACGAGAAUUCUUCUAGUGCCAUUUACUUUGCGAUAUAAUGCUUCUUUUAAAUCCAGCAAGGCUGUGACUAUGUUGGAAGACGAUGAACGUUUCAAAGAUGUUGAACGAGAAAAAGACCGUCGUAAUAUUUUUGAAGAUCAUAUUACUGACCUAAAGGAGAAGGAGCGGGUGAAAGCUCUCGAGGAUCGCAAGCGGAACAUAACUGAAUACAGGAGAUUUUUGGAAUCUUGCAAUUUCAUCAAGCCUAAUAGUCAAUGGCGCAAAGUUCAGGACCGCUUAGAAGUGGAUGAAAGAUGUUCACGUCUUGAGAAAAUUGACCAGCUAGAAAUCUUUCAGGAGUAUCUGCGCGAUCUGGAGAGAGAAGAAGAGGAGAAAAAGAAGAUACAAAAGGAGGAACAAAAAAAGGCAGAGCGAAAGCAUCGUGAUGAGUUCCGUGGCCUGAUAGAUGAACAUAUUGCAAAAGGAGAGCUUACUGCCAAAACUAGUUGGCGUGAUUAUCUAACCAAGGUCAGAGAUUUACCCGUAUAUUCAGCAAUUGCAUCAAACUCCUCUGGAGCUACUCCAAAAGACUUAUUUGAAGACGCUGUUGAGGAUUUGAAAAGAAAGUACCAUGACCUCAAAUCUCAGAUAAAGGACGUAUUGAAGCUGAGAAAGGUAACAAUACACGCUGGAUCAACAUUUGAUGAGUUCAAGGUCUCAAUUCCCGAGGGUAUCGGUUUCCCACCUAUUCCUGACUGUAAACUGAAGUUAGUUUUUGAUGAUUUGCUGGAAAGGGCGAAGGAGAAGGAAGAGAAGGAAGCCAGAAAACAGACACGGCAUACUGAAAAAUUGGUGGAUAUGCUUCGCUCCUUCAAGGAGAUAACUGCCUCUUCAUCCUGGGAGGAAUCAAAGCAUCUUGUUGAAGGUAGUGAAAAAUUCCGUACUAUAGGAGAUGAGAGCUUCCGGAAGCAGACAUUCGAGGAUUACGUAUCACACCUCAAAGAGCAAGCAAAAAGGAUCAAACAGAACAAGAAGGUACACGAAAAUGUGAAAGAGGAACAUGACAAGGGGAAGGAUAAACACCGAAGAGAGAAGGACAGAGUGCGAGAAAGAGACAGUGAAGAUCAUCAUAAGAGAGGUGCAGCCGAUAGUUACAACCAUGAUAUGAAUGAACCCCAUGGGAAAGAACGUAGAAGAUCAGGAAGAGAUAACCAUUAUAGACAUCGAGAAAGACAUACUAGUUUGAAGGAAGAUGCGACAGACCAUUACAAAGAAUCCCAUAAACCUGUACCUGGUGGUGGCCACAAGAAAUCAAGACAACAGAGAGGUUUGGUGCCGGAAGCAGAGAACGAAGGCAGGGAAAAGCGGCGUAGAAAAGAGGAAGAGAUGGAGCAAACAAAGGAUGUGGAAAAGGAAGAGGAACUUGAAGAUGGAGAAUGUGGUAGGUAUUGAACAUCUUUUACACCAACUCUUCAGUCCCGGCUCUAACCCAUGCUGGGCCCGCCCUAGGUCCAAGUGAUUCACUGCUUACUGUUUUGAGACACUUAUCCAAGAACAAUGUAUUGAAUCUCUUUCUUAAAUAUUAAAGGUUAAAGAAUCUCUUUCUUAAAUAUAUCCAUAUUCUCUCCUCUCUCG